AUGUCGCCGGCGGAGGGGCCUACGGUGGUGUUCAAGGGCCAGGUGACGCCGGUGACGGCGGACGCUGCGAGUGUGGCUUCGGGUCCGGCGGUGUACGGUGGGGUGGCGGCGUUCCUGCGCGUUGUUGAAGAAUGGAGGAGCCCCGGAAAGUGGGAGGAGGAGGAAGAGAGUUCUUCAAUCGGAGUCGACGGCGAAGGCUCUCUCUCGUCGUCACCGUUGCCGGGGGACGAAGACCAAGAAGAGCACGACGAGGAGGUGCAGAGCAGGUUGAAGAAUGGCGUAUUGGCUUCCUUGGGUUCCCUCGAGGUGGCUCUCCCCGUUAAGUAAGAUGUCCCUCCCCUCCUUUACCGUCGUUUCCCUCUCUUUGUUCCUCCCCACAUGGAUUGGUCCUCUAACGGCGGCGCGAUCGCUCGCAGGAGAGGGCUCUCGAACUGCUUCUCCGGCAAGUCCAAAUCCUUCGCCAGCCUCUCUGAGGCGGCCUCACUGUGCUCGGCAGGGGACCUCGCCAAGACGGAGCAUCCCAUCAACAAGCGCCGGCGGAUAACAAUGGCCUUCCGUGCUUCCUGGCAGCGGCGCGCCUCCAGCGCUACCCUAACCACCUCUAAUCUCAGGGUGCUCGCAGAGGAGGAAGAAGAGCACAGCCACCGUUGCCCCUCCUCCUCUGCCGCCCUCCCCACCUCACCCGACAACUUCAAGUCCUCCAGAUCCUUCUCCCUCUCCGAUCUCCAACACGCGUAA